GGGUCUCGUCUCCACCGGUCUCUGGCGGCGGCAUGGAGAGGGUCUCGGUGACCACCGGGAGCGCGGGCGCCGCCAAGGCCGAGGGAGCUGCAGCCAUGCCGCCCCCCCCUGCGGUCUCCCCGCCUGCUCUCACCCCGGCACCCGCAGCGGAUGAGGAGGGCCCGCCGCCUUUGCCCGAGGCGGGGGCUCCAGGCUGCUCGGGCUCCCGGCCCCCCGAGUUGGAGCCCGAGCGCAGCCUGGGCCGCAUGAGGGGCCGCUUCGAGGACGAGGACGACGAGUUGGAAGAGGAUGAGGAGCUGGAGGAGGAAGAGGAGGAGGAGGAGGAAGAGAUGAGCCACUUCUCGCUGAGGCUGGAAGGGGGUCGGCCGGACUCAGAGGACGAGGAGGAGCGCCUGAUUAAUCUCUCUGAGCUGACACCAUACAUCUUGUGUUCCAUUUGCAAAGGUUACUUAAUAGAUGCAACUACCAUUACAGAAUGUCUUCAUACGUUUUGUAAAAGCUGCAUUGUAAGACAUUUUUACUAUAGCAACAGAUGUCCAAAAUGCAACAUAGUAGUACAUCAGACACAACCUCUUUAUAACAUAAGGUUGGACCGACAAUUACAAGACAUAGUGUACAAAUUAGUGAUCAAUCUAGAGGAAAGAGAAAAAAAGCAAAUGCAUGAUUUCUAUAAAGAAAGAGGUCUAGAAGUACCUAAACCUGCUGUUCCUCAGCCAGUCCCUUCGAGCAAAGGAAGAUCUAAGAAAGUCUUAGAGUCAGUGUUUCGUAUUCCACCUGAACUUGAUAUGUCUUUAUUACUAGAGUUCAUUGGUGCUAAUGAAGGCACGGGACAUUUUAAGCCCUUGGAGAAGAAGUUUGUCCGAGUUUCAGGAGAAGCAACUAUUGGGCAUGUAGAAAAAUUUCUCAGAAGAAAAAUGGGUCUUGAUCCAGCUUGUCAGGUAGAUAUCAUCUGUGGUGAUCACUUGUUGGAGCAGUAUCAGACUCUGAGGGAAAUUCGACGUGCUAUUGGGGAGGCAGCAAUGCAGGAUGGUCUGCUGGUCCUUCAUUAUGGUCUUGUAGUUUCUCCCUUAAAAAUUACUUGAAGAUUCUAGCAGCAUUAGGAGGAGGGAAACAAAAUAAGGAGGCUUCUACAGGAUUGCAUUUCACCAAAGAUUUCCACAAAACAUGUAAUUGCUACCACUUUGUGCUGUUUGAGACAUAACUAUUUUCGGCACCAAGAUUCAUAGCAUUUAUAAGUACAAUUUGGAAUGACAGAAUGCAUCUGUUUUACUAGAGACUAUACAUAAAAAAAGCAUCCAUAGCUCAGGGGGAAAUUUUCAAAGCAUUAAAUUUUUAAAUUCCUUGUGAUUUCAAAUACUUUGACAUUGAUUUUACUUCCUAAUCUUUGAGGUAAAUUGGUUACUAUUUUCUUCUUUGUUGAGCCAUAUUCCUUUCAAGUUGGUGGUUAGGAUUCUGUUCUCUGGAAUCGUACCAGUUGGGCAGUCAUCCUUUUGAACUGAAGACUCAAAGCCAGUCUUUGCUAAACUACAGAGUGUACCUCUCAGACAAAGACCAAAACUAUUGACCACUUUUGUAUGUUGCCAUUGUAUUUUGAACUUGUAUCUUUCAUUUACCAGCAAUACUACUACAGAGAUGAUAUUUACUUCUAAAAGGGAUGAAUUAUCAUUCUGUGUGAAGAGACUGUCUCCUGCAGGGUUGAUGGCCUGUACCGUAAGCCUUCAGUGUGCUAAAGACUUCUUUAACAGAUCUUACAACAAGGGGUGCCUCUUUGAAACAUUAUUUUUUUCUUUGAAUGUUAAUUUGAUUAACAUUCAUUUUAUUUGAGUACGUAGUUUCGUUGUCAAUACCUUGUAAUGCCACUGCUUCUGAAAGUAAUAAAGAAACUUGAGUGAAUUUGCAAGUUUACAGAAUACUUAUUCAUUGUUUCCUCAGUAAGUCAAUUUAAUGUUCAUUUUCCCAUUACACUGUCACUGGGAUAAAGGAUACGGGUGUUUGAGAGUUCUCACGUGCAAAGAUUUCAGUUUUAAAUGUUAUUUUGCCUAAAAUUAGCAUUGUGAUGCUUUCUAAAAAAAUAUUUUAUAGACCCUAUUUCACUAUAAAAUUUCCAAGUCUGCAUAGAAACAAUUACAAAUGAAUAAGGUUUGGCAAUUGUUUUGUAAAGAAUUUGUGAAUUGUGUAUAAA